UUUCCGUUACCUAUGUAUUGUGCUCUGCUAAUUGCAACACUUGAUAGGACCUGUUGUGAUAUCAUGGAUCGCUUAGGUUCCACCAGGAUCUGGUAGUCCUCAUAAUUCUGUGGCCUCUAUGUAUCGUCAUCUCGCACAACUCCUUAAGAAUCUUGUGAAUUUGUCAUGUGAAAAUUUGCAGCCUUCCAGACAUUGAUUGGGUCAGCGAGGUGUCGCACGUCACCUCAAGAUCGGGUGAAUAAAUCCCGAUUAUGAAAAAAUUACAAAGUUCGAAAAAUUAGUCACAGCCUUUUUAUAUAUUUAAAUCGCAGUCCAUUUACCUAUGUGAUAAAAAAGCCAACAGAACAGCCACAUUUGGCAAGAUAAUACAUGUAUAUUAUACAUAAAUCAUGAGACCUUCUGGGUGUUUCUAUGCAACUUCCUAUUUCUCAUCCGAUUUGCACGCAGGCGGUCAUACAUACAAAGACAAUCUUUCGAUUUAUAAUAUAGUUAAUUACAUUUUUACUGGGUCAUUUUUACUGGGUCGUACCUAGCAUUUUAGUUUGUUUUGUAAAUUUUGUAGAAAUAUUUUGACGUGUGAUGAUGUUUAUGUCAUUGUUAGUUGACAUGAUUCGAUUUCGUGAUUUCUUUGUAGUGUAGAUAUGAAUUUGAUAGGCACAAGAACCUGGUUAAUUGGUUCUCAACUUUCUAGUGAUAGCUUCUUAUCAAAACCAUGUGUUGUAACAAAUGGGGCCCCAAAAGAAGAUGCUGUUCAUAAUCUACAUAAGUAUUCGGAUAGUAUAGAAUAACCAGGAGAUCUUUAAAAUACAAAUUGAGGAAUAAAGAUGGAGUUGGUAGAGUUUUCUUAAAUUUGUUUCACUAAAAAUUUGUUUCACUUAAAAAAAAUGUUGGUCCUGACAUAUCAGGGUAAUUCUCAGCAGGGAAAAGUAUUGAAAGCACCAUCACAGGACGAUGUUUAUUUGUUUUAUCAUUACGUUGAUCUGGAGUUUGUGGAAAAUUGCAACAACUCUUUAUAUUAUGGAAACUAAAUGUGUCUAUUUUUAUCAAGUUUUCAUUUCUAACCUACUUCCCACUUGAACAAUUCAUUGUUUUCGAUUUUAACACAUGUUUUAUUUUAACACAGUUUAGUAUAAAGUCAAUGAUACGUUUUUUAGCCUUGUAUAAAGUAUCAAUAUUUAUAAUUAUCAUUAUUGUUGUCAAGAAAUAUUAAAUUUGCUGAUUGCUGUUAAUGAGUAUGUAUCUAUAACUGUGCCGGAGUUUGUUUUAAUAAUGUGCUGAAAUUUAAUAUUUUCAUCCUUUCUAUAUAGGCUUAGAAAUAAAAGUCCUGCCAGAAAAGAAGAGACUUUAUUAAGAUGGCAAACUUUAACUUCCCUAAACUGGACAUGUGGCAACUCCGCAACAUUGGCGACAAAGUUACGAAUGUUGUGAUGAAUUAUACUGAUGCAGAAACCAAGGUAAGGGAAGCAUCCAAUGAUGAUCCUUGGGGGCCCUCUGGAACACUAAUGCAGGAAGUUGCUCGCCUCACCUAUCAAUAUACCACUUAUGAUGAAGUCAUGGCUAUGCUUUGGAAAAGGAUGUUUGAAAACAAAAAGAAUUGGAGGCGAAUCUAUAAGUGCCUGCUAUUGCUCGCAUACCUAGUACGCAAUGGAAGUGAGCGAGCUGUUGAGAAUGCUCGAGAUCACUUGUUCGACUUGGGAUCUCUAGAAAACUACACUUUCACUGACGAAGUAGGGAAAGAUCAAGGGAUUAAUGUGCGACAACGUGUGACAGAGCUGAUCCAGUUCCUUCAAGACGAUAAAAUGAUCAGGGACGAGCGGAAGAAGGCCCGAAAAAACAGGGACAAAUACACUGGUGUUUCAAGCGACGAGUUUUCAGGAUCUGGAUUCGGACCCAGCAAAGGACCAGCUGUAGCUAGAAGCACCAGUACCGAUUCUGACCACGGAUUUCAAGAAUCGAACUUGGACAAACUUCGUUCAUUUAGCAGUGGUAUUUUCGACAAGGCUAAAUCGAAAUGGGACGAUGAUAAAGAGGAAGAUUUUAAAAUUAAAGACGAUCUCAGCUCCUGGAAACCAAAAACUGAUAGUUGGGGUUCCGGACUGAGGAAACCUUACAAGGACGAGGACGAAGAGGAGAGCAAAGAAGAGAAGGGAUUUGAUGCUGUAAGGGAAGAGGCCGCUGAAGACGAUGAUGAUUUUGAUUUUAUUCGGUCGAAGAGCAGCGCCAUCUCUAACGAUGCGCCCCGCAAGAAAGCCGAACCCAGUAAAUUGGUUGGGUUAGGGGCUGCUUCUAGCUUCGCUAAGGGCGGUGAGACACCAGCAGCAGCUGUUCCAGCGCCAACUCAAGAACCAUUUGAUCCGUUUAAAGAAAACUCAAAGGUGGAGGAGACUGCAGAUUUGUUCAAUUUUGGGGACGAUCCUGCCCCUCUCCCUUCACAAUCAGCUGCUGCUGAACAUGCUGAUCCUUUCUUCGGAUCGGAAUCUCCAACAAAUGAUGGUUUUGCAGAUUUCGCGUCCUUCCAGUCGGCGCCUGCUAAUGAAGCUAAACCAGCCGCUAAUGGGCUAGAAGCGGACUUAUUUGGACUAAGCUUGGGUCAAGCACCAGCCGCAGCCCCUGUCCCAGCAGCAUCUACAGAUCUGUUCGGAUUAUCGUCAGCACCACAAGCAGCUCCAGCACAACCUGCUGCAGCUGACCCGUUUGCUGCGUUCGCAUCCCUUUCCGCUUCUCAGCCCGCAGCGCAGCCCAACUUGAUGGACGACUUUGCUGGUUUUGGUGCGCCCAGUAAUCCUGCUCUUACUCAGACAGUUCCUAGCCAACCUGUCCAACCCAUGAUGAAUCUCAUGCCCCAAAAUCAGUCUCUGAUAUCUCAAAACCAGCCUAUCAUGUCCACCAGCACGAACCAGCCUAUGAUGACGCAGGGUCAGCAGCCUAUGAUGUUCCCAAAUCAAGGGAUGAUGAUGGCACCACAAAGUCAAGGAAUGAUGCAGCAAGGAAUGGCUCCCCAGACUGCCCAGCCUGCUCCCAAACAGUCUCAACCACAGACGGGUAUGUGGAACGUCAGUGGUCUUGACAUCUCGUUAGAUAAUCUGAGCGGUGGUGGUCCUAAACAAAACAGGGGCGUUCCUAUGUCUCAGAUGAUGCCGGGCCAGCCAGUACAGUAUCCCCCUAUGCAGUACGGUGGAAUGCAACAGGGAGGUGGAGCUAUGAACUUCCAGCAAGGUGGAAUGCAAAUGGGUGGCGGUAUGCCAAACAUGAUGCCCAUGCAACAACAACAGCAGCAGCCGCAGCAAGGCAUGCAAAACUUCGGACAAUUCAAUCAGAUGCCUCAGCAACAAAGAGGCAGCGUACCCCAACAGAAUUUCUUACCCAUGGGUAGUAACUCGGGCGGUGGAUUUAGCCAGCCACCCGGUUCAUUUAAUAAUCAGCAGGGAUUUCAACAACUAGGCAAUCUGAGCUGAGUGAGAGAGGACUUUAGUUCUUAUUCUCUUCUAGGAGGAGUCAGUCAGAGGUUAACUCUGCAGGUGUGCUGGUUCACAUCCGCAGCUUCUCCUCACAACCGUGGGACUCUUGACAAGUGUCUUGCAAAGAGUUUGCUGAUUUUAUGUUCAAAAUUCGGGCUCCGGGGCAGGUGGCUUCAUGUGAUAUUAUAUAUAUUGAGUGAUGUGUCAUGAUAUUAUGGAAUAAGUGUUUUUAAUUUAGUAAGCUGUACUGAAAGUCUAACUAGAAUCACCGUAGAAUAUAUAUAUAUAUAUAUAUAUAUAUUCAAUAUAACCAAGUUUUAUCAACAACUACUUGUGAAAUUCAAAUUCAACUGACUUACUUCUUUGAUUUUGUUUAAGUUUACCUUAAUUAAACGAAAAGAUUACUUCCAGAGUAAUUUGUAGGAGUUAAUUUUUAUAAAUUUCUGUUCAUUUAAAAAGACUUGCAGAUAAUUAGUCAAUAGCUAUGAUAUUGCUAUUAACCUGCCCUUUUAAAUCUUCGAGAAGUUAGAACGUAAAU